AUGAAUAAACAAGUGAGCUUAAUGAAGAGGAAGAUGAAUGCUAUAGACAAGGGUGCAAAAAGUACUUCCAGUUUUCAUUUACCGGAAGUGAGAUCAAGUGCUGAGCUGCUUAAGCAAUUUCGAGUCAAGCAAGAGAAGAUAAGUAGUAAUCGUGGAGGAGCCAAUAUGACUUCACCUGAAGUACAAAGUAAGAACCAGAAUGAAGAAAAAGGAAGCAACCAGCCUUUAUUUGUGCAUGGAUCACAAGAACAGUUCAAGUUAUCCAACUUUGCAGCUAGUGGUUCAGUAAGUUUAAAUUCAAAUAAGGUGAUUCAUCCAACUAAAAAGAGGAGUGGUAUAGCAGUGAUUGAAGGUGAUGAUUCAAGAAAAAAGCAGCAACUUGUGAAAAAUACACUUCCUGCAAAUGAUGAUUCCAAGGCAAAGCAACAACCAUUCACAAGGACAGUGGCUGCAAACUGCAAUUUAGGGUCAAAUCAGCAACCUAUGAAAAAUGUAGUGCUUUUAAAUGACAAUUCCAAGGCAAAUCAGCAACUCUUUACAAAGACAAAAGCUGCAAAUGACAAUUCAGGGUCAAGGCAACAACCUAUGAAAAAAGUAGCGGCUGAAGGCGAAGAUUCAAGGAAGACGCAGCAGCAGCCUAUGAAAAAUACAGCUCUUGCAAAUGACAAUUCCAAGGCAAAACAACAGCCUAUGAAAAAGCAGCAGCCUAUGAAAAAUAUAGUGAUCGGAAUUGACAAUUCUAAGGAAAAAGAGCAGCAUAUGGAUGGGGUAGUGGCUGAAGAUGUUGAGUCAGGAACAAUGCAAGAAAGUGCUAGGAAGAAGACCAGAAAAACCCCAAUGUGUAGAGCAACCUCAAUUGAUGAGUUUCUUAAAGAAAAUGGAGAAGAAGAAGAAGAAGAAGAAGAAGAAGAGCCAAGAGAUGAAAGUUCUGAUGAUGAAGAAUAUAUCAUGAGACAAGAAGAAAAUGCACAAGAAGAAGAAGGUGGCGAGACAAAUGGGACAAGUAAGAAAAGAACAAGAGGGCCAACACAAAAGUUAAAAAUUCAUGCAAGAAAUAUUGAUGAUCGUGAAGAAGUUGUCCUCGAUAAUGAUGGAGAGCCAAUUGGACCCAAUGAUCAAACUGUGUUUGACUUGAGUAAUUUCCUUGGCACCAUUGCAAGGAAUUCAGACUUGUGUCCUUUGAUUUUUACAAACUUCAAAGUGUUGGUCAAAGAAAAUGGAGGUCGUAUAUGGGAUUAUGUUAAUGAUAAAUACAUCAUUCCAGAAAAAGGAAGAAAAGCCGUAUUUUCUCGCAUCAAUGAUGCUUGGAGGCGUUACAAGAGAAAUCUCAAAAGGAGCUGUUUUCUAAAGUAUUCUACGAUGAGGGACAGAUUAAAAAACCGCCCCAUGGAUGUACCUGAAGCUCAUUUCAAGAAAUUAAUAGCUUAUUGGAAAAAUAGUACUGUUCAGAGAAUUAGCCAAAUAAAUGCUGCAAAUAGAGCAAAGAAAAAGUAUAUGCAUCGUACAGGACCAGUAAAUUUUGCUAGGAUUCGAGCACAAUUGCGUGCAAAAAAGGAAAAUGAUGAUGAUGUUAGCCAAGCUGAAAUGUUCAUUAUGACCCGUCAAAGCCGAAAAGGAAAACAAGUGGAUGAGGAAACACAAACUGCAAUUGCUAUUCUUCAAGAUUCCAUUCAGAACUCAAAUGAAUCUGAGACGUUUAAGUCUUUGUUUGGGAAGGAAAAAUCUGGUCGAGUUCGCUGCUACGGAAGAACAUUAACACCAUCCAUGAUGAAAAAGAAUGAAGAAAUUUCUGCAAUUAAGAAGCAGCAUAAAGAUGAAGUGAGUGGUAUGAAGAGACAAAUGGAUGGAUUGACAUUACUUGUAAGGAACAUGCUGAAGCUACAACACCCAGAUUUAGAUGAAGAAGAGAUCUCUAAUAUGAUGGAAGCUGCUCUAGGCAAUGAAAAUAGUGUAGCUCCGCAUUCAUCUGCAUCCACCUAUGUUCCCCCUCAUGAAAAGCAGAAUGGGGAGAAUGAUGAUUUUCAUGAAGGAGAUGGAGAUGAAGGUAGAGAAGGAGAAGGAGAAGGAGAAGAAGAAGAUUGAUUGCUUUUGGAAGAAAUAAUAAUAUUUUGUUAUUUUGAAAGGUUGUUUGGAACUUAGGAUGACAUCUUGAGAUUUUAUUUUGUUGCUGUUUAUAAUGAAUUGAACAUUGGCAUGAAUUGACUAGAAGCUGUCAAGUUGGACAGGAUUAGGCAUUGCCAUAUUUUGGUAGUAGUUUUAUAAUUUUCUUAGUGUUCUAAAUACAAUAUUCAUGUUAAUUAAGAUUUGGUUUUUGUUUCAUUUGAAUUAAUCAACUUGAAAAAAAGUUGAUUGUAGUUAUUUUAAUUGAUGUGUGCAUUUGUUAUUGUUAUAAUACUUUAUUAAAAUAA